GCGCCCUUGCGCGACCCUUCGGGUCACCGCUCCGACCCGGCCACCGACUCGGCCACCGACCCGGCUACCGACCCGGCUACCGACCCGGUUUCCGAUCCGGUCUCGGACGGCGCCGUCGUCUGACGGCUCGUCCGCGCGCGCGCAAGCGCCUGGACGCCGCGGCGUCCCGGCAUGGAGCGACCCAACGGAGGAUCGACGGACGCCCGGACUUGACUUCUCCGCCGUUCCCACGAAAUCGUCACAGGAGCAAGAACCCUGAGGAGAUGCAGCGUUGCCCUUACCUUCACGAAAUGAAGGAGCGAUUGCUCUCCCAGCCUACACCUACCGACAGUUUAGACAUGGAGCGGCUAGACGGUGGCACCCCUGUCAAGGAGGCCAACCUGCACAACGAUUAUCCUGCACACACGAACCCUGGAGUCAUUCCCGACCCUCCAGAAAUGCCGCCGGAUUCUCUUAUCGGGACUGUAGUGAAGCUGAAUUCCGAUGGUUAUGGUUCCCACACGUCACCGGCACAUGCAAGGCAACCCUUGGUGCCACAAAGUGCGAAUAACCAACCCCUGUGUCUUACACCGACACACUCGACGACAGCCAACGGCAUGCUGCCGAAAAAUGCCAAAACCUCUCUCUUUAUCAUUAUGAGCUUCAUCUACGCAAAGUUGCUGGUGGUCGUGUGCAUCGCGUACGUCAUAAGCGAGGUCGUCACCCACAAAUUACCACUCUACUACUACGAGGGCUUCUUCACCUACUUGUACGGUGUCAGCAUCUUCUUCCUCCUCUACGUCUUCUGCUUCCUCCUGCAGGAGAGCGCCUGCUGCUCCCGGGGGAGCGACACGCCGCCACCCCCGCCGAGGCCCCCAAAGCCACCCAAGGAGCCCAAGGACAAGAACAAGAAGAAGGACAGCAAAGACAAGGAUCAGAAAACAGCCAAGAGCAAGAAGGAGCAUUUUCAGGAUGCGGCUGACGUGGAAGCUGGAGUGGCAACACGAGCAUUGCGAAAACGCAAGACUUCUCAGAACGAUCACAGCCACGGAAGCUUCUUUCUCAGAAUCGGCGCAAUCGCUUUUGGGUUGGGAACCAUGGUUUAUAAUGGUUUGGAGUUUGGGGCUUUCUUCGAAGUACCGGCAACGUCCGCCUGCUACCAAAUCCUUCAAGGUGUCAACCCAGUUCUUCAGAUGAUCUUCACUUUCAUGCAAAUGUACUUCAUCUUCAUGAAUUCCAGGCUCAACAUUCACCGAUUCAAGGUAAUUGCCCGAUUCGGUCUGAUGCACGUUGUGGCAACCAACCUCUGCGUCUGGAUUCGCACUUUGGUAUUGGAAAGUCUUAAAGAAAUCACUCAAUAUCAUAAACGCUUAGGACAGGAAGAAGUAGGUAUACUCGAAAGUAUAAAACAGUACACCAUGCGGAACGCCGGUGCUAUUUUGGGAACGGAAGCUCGCGAUAUGGCGCAACUCCGAGAGGCACCCUCUACCUCUUCGACCAGGCAUACCCCUUCCGCGACCUUGUCGACCACCGGGGCGAUCGCCUCUCUGGGUCGCAUGAUGAGGACCACGGCGAGGUCGGUGGUCAGAGCAGUCACGAUCCCGCCGACAGAUAGCACCACCACGACGACGACGACCACAACCACCACCACCACGACCACGUGGAGGCCACCGACCGCGGUUUCGCUUAAGACCACGACGCCUUUUCCGCCGACCCCGCCAACGACCGCAUCCACGGCGCUCUCCACUUUGCUGACCACCUUGGCUCCGACGGUACGCACCACUACCAGAGCGUCGACGACGACGACGACUGUCGGCAGCGCCUCGUCGACCACAUUCGGCUACUAUCUCUUCGACGCGCCUCACGUCGACCAAAAGGAAGUGAACCAGAUCUUCGACGUGAGCAACCUCACCAACGCCAGUAGCGUGUGGAGCCCGAACUUGGGUUUCUACGCCGAGGCCCUCACCGAUGACGGCAACGUUUCUAACUCCUGCGGCAGGGUUAACAUCAUGGGGAGCAUCGUCCAAGAUGCGGCCCCCUACCUCUUUCCCUUCAUUAUCGAGUACAGUCUCAUCGGAGCAGCUGUCAUCUACGUCAUGUGGAAGCACAUCGGUCGUCACCCUCGGUGGCCUCACCAGGCAGAAGCCGACCUGGAGCGCAGGUUGGAGGCAAUGUUGUCCAGACGAGCGGUUGCCCUGGCACACGCGGGCCACGCCAGGGUGGAUUGCGUUGGGGCCAGUAAGGGUCUCUUCUUCGGGCUUCUUCUCUUGGUCGGCUCGUUGAUUUGCCUUAUCCUCUUUUUCGUUUUGAUCCAUCAUCCCGAAUUGGGACUGCUAGCCAUUUAUCUCGCGGAUGUGUCACACUGUGUCCUCAUGGCUCUCUCCAUCGUGGCCAUUAUAGUUGGUUUUAUUCGAGUCCAGAGUUUGAAGUUCAAAGCGGAAGAGCAAAGCGAUCUCAACGACAUCCUGUUGCGCGUGUCCGCGUUUGGCCUUUUCGUGUACGCUGUAUUUAGCGUGAUCGCCGGUUCUUUGGCUGCUUUUACGCACGAACCCAAUCUACUCGUAAUGGUGACCGGGUUGUUAUCCGUGGCUCAGGUCGUUCUGCAGAUGCUGUUCAUCGCCGAUGUCUCCCGCAGACGCGUUCAUCUACCGGAACACGAUCGCAGCAAGCCUGGUCGCCAGGUGGUCACUUUCUUGCUGAUUUGUAACGUAACCAUGUGGGUGAUUUACACGUUCGAGACGCAGAAAGUCGUCGCGAAUCCCGUGCAGCUCGAUUUUUAUGGGUUCCUCGCUUGGGCGAUCGUGCAGAGGGUUACCUUGCCGCUGUGCAUCUUCCAUAGGUUCCAUAGUGCCGUUACGCUCGCGGAAAUAUGGAAAACCAGCUACAAGGCGCGCCUGGAGUAAACCGCGUCAUCGGCCCGAUCGCAGCCGCGAACGGAUUACAGUGGAGACCGGGAGGAGGGCAUUCUAGAAGAACAAGGACCAGCUCGGAGACGUGGCCGAACGCCGAAGAGACGAGCCGACCCGGAGGGCGACGGAGGCGCCCGAGACGGACACUUCCUCCUUGGACUUCCUUGUCGGAGAAGGCUCGGACCGUCGUCGGCUUCGCCAAAGGACGCGCAGGUCUGGAACUGGCGCAAGCGUCGACGGUGGAUCCCUCGAGGCGACUCGGAUGACUUCGAGCAUCUUAGAUGAGAAGGCGCGACGUUGACCCAACGACAACGAACGAACAAACGCGGCUUCGCUGUGACGCGCGAGCAGUUGAUUCGAUUUCUUUUUUUAUUAAAUCCACCACGUGGACUGAAGUUUCUUCUUAAACGGAAUCAAGAUGAGCCCUGGACACGCUUCGGAUACUCUUUGGCGGAACGAAGAAGGUUUUGGACUGGAGAGGCUACGACAAGAGAGGUCUCGACUCCCGUUGACGCGUAUUUACUUUUACAGGUUUCCAGGUUAACUGGAAACGUGUCGCCACUGUCAUCGCGUUUUCUACUUUUAUACCUUCGUCGCAUUUUACAUCUGGAAUAAUAUUAGUUCGUUAGAAGAAAGACUCGAGCCAUCUCGUUAGCUGGUACGUCGGGCAUAUCUUUCGUUGGAUCGCGCGACACGUGACACUCCAGUGAGCGAGCUAGACCAUUCAUUCACUGUGAGUUGGUCAGUUUUAGACGAUGAUCCGACAAACGGUUCUCGCACAAGGCAGUUCAUUUUCAAUUUAAUACGGCAUACAUACAAACUGGCAGCUCAGGGAGUAGUAAAGUGUCACUUGAAAUCGAAACGAAGGGCGACGAACUAACGAGUCUUCCGGAUGUCCAACGUCCGAGAACAGCUUGUUUCUCGUGUUAACGCCUGCUAUGAAAUGCGGCCUCCGCCUGAUCAGUCUCGCAGUCCGAGAUCUUAGUGGUUGCCCACUCGAGGUACGAGAGAUUUCCACCCGAAAGGACGCGAAGACGUAACUAAGUUUGGGGCCAACACAACGCAUAUGAAUCCGGUUAAGGCGAAACGAUGCCAUGGUUUCGAGGAAAGUGCAACCAAAGGACUCUAAACGUUCGCUUUCGUCUUGCGCCUGCGUUCGUUGCGUGUUGUAAAGUAUGGAAUUCCUUCGAAACUUUCGAGAUACUUUUUGAUGCGACACUUUUAUACGUGGCGUGGCAUCGCGUCACUUUUUUGACGAUUAGGUGACUUGUUUUACCCCGACUAAAAGGAAUGAACGAUGGCGCGUUUUUCAAGGGGGCUGAUGUCAACUAGUGGGGGAAGCCGAAAAGAUAGGCGAAAAAGAGAAAUAACCGAAAAGAGAGGACGAAACCGCGUCGGGGACGAGAAAAGGAAGAGAAAGGAGGAAUGCACGGAAAGAAUCUGUUACAAUAACUGCGACGAGUGUAUAGAGAUUAGAGAGUAUUUUUUUUCUAGCGGCAAGUCGCAUAAGAACGAUCGCGAGAAUGGAGUAUUUACGACCCAUGGUACGGGUUGAGUCAUUAAGCGGGCAUAUUUGAAUAGUAGUAGCGUAAAGCACCUGCAGGGGUAGCGAGGGGAGAACGCGUGAAUGGGACGGAUCUACGAGGCAGGACGUAGACAUAGACCUUAGACGUAGACGUAGACGUAGACGUAGACGUAGACGUAGACGUAGACGUAGACGUAGACGUAGACGUAGACGUAGACGUAACUAGAGAAACCGAAACCGAUAGGAUUCAUCGUUUAUCAGAAAUAAAUGAUAUAUUGAUUAGGGUUUAAGAUAAUUCGAUCAUGGACUUGACGUUCAGAUUGCGUAGGGUAGAGACCGUCGACGGAGCCUCCGUUCGUUGACGCGACGUCGGUUUUUAUGUAUCCGCGCUCCGUUAUAUCCCUCUUUCGUCUUCCUUUGGACACUUUACCCUUGUGUAUCUUUGUCUAAUAACGAGUCCGAUUGCGAGUGCGGACGAGAAUCGGCGCAACGUGCUCGUCUAGUCGGAAAGCUAGGAAGAUAGGAGAAGCGCGGUUACUAUCGACAUUCUUUCUGUCGGAACGCGAUCUUACACACACACCCACACACACACACGCGCGGAAUGGCAAAGCGUUCGAUACCGUGAUCAACAUACAGGUAUGGUUUCAAAGUCUAAUCGACGCGUGCCGUCAUGUGUAUAUAACGAUUGAUUUUCGGCGAAGCGAAUGCGGAAGGUAAUACCUGCAAACCAUUUCACUUGUUUCGACCAACGAGGUCGAGAGGGGUCCGUUAACGCAAUCGGCACUAGCCGCAUUAUUGAUCCUGGCUAUCGCGCCUGUGCGUGCGCGAAGACAUUUCCCCGAUGCAGCUUCGACACGGUUAGUUCGUCAGAAUUUUGUCGCCGUUUGCGAGCGUGCAAAAACUUUCCCUCUGGAGUAUCCCGCGUGUAACAACGCUACCUGGCAGUCGCUCAUCCCUAAGAGAGCAUGCAUUCGUUAGCGUUUUUCAACGCAAUCGUAGCAUUUGUGCGACGUCGCUGUACCAUUUGACGCGCUUUUUCCUGGGAAUUUUUACCAAUUUCCCUCGACUUUAGCGGGCUGUUAAGGAACUCGAAACUUUAUAUAACGACGAGCUGUCGACGUAUUGAGUCGUUCGCUAUCUAAUUUGCGCGAUGUCAUAGCGAAUAACAGGGCACUGCCAUACACCGGACCAAUUUCCGAUGCAACAAAAGAAACAGACGGAACUACUCGAGUACUGUAAAAGGCUGAGAGAUGUAAUUUUUUUUUCUGAUAUUCUCUAGUCCAAGUUUCAUGCAAAUUCAUCGUUUCAGAGAGCAUUCGGGUGAGGCUACAGUUCUCAUAGAUCUUUCUUUUUGUUAAGUCGAAAAUGUCUACCCGUGACGUCGAGUGACAAGGGAAUAUCACGUUACACAUGUUCAGACAUUCUAGCGAACCUUGUUGGUUCCUGCAAAGGUACAAAUUGUUAGUUCCACGUUCAUACGUCAUCUCGGAAGAAUUUCACUUCUACUUUGUUCUUUUUAUCUACGAGUGGAAUACUAUCAAAUAAUCGAACACGGUACGGAUUUUGGUACGGGACAAUUUAUGGUAUCGAAACGAGACACUUAUAUCAAUGUCUUAACUCUGUUAAUAGAAUCUCAGUACUCAAUAAUAUUGAAAUUGCACUUAGUAGAACUCGUGCUCCAACUUACAUGAAUAGUGCCAAGUUCUUGCCCGUAUACGUAUGGAACUUUUGAAAAGCGUAAGUCUUCCAAAAAACAGGCUUUGCCAGAAGUCAUGGAGACGCGUUUGUUGGCAGCUCAUUGUCAUUUGAUGUCACGAGUACGUAGUACAAAAUUAGAAAACGCAGAAUGAAAAAUUGGAGAAGGCUGAAAACUCACUUUUGACGUUUUGUAACUGUAAACAUACACUGCACGAAGAGUAGCACUGUCGGGUGGAGGAAACGACGGACUCGUUUCGAUCCCGUGGGCUCCGGAUCCGUGGAUCCGCAUCUUCUCGGCGCGGGAGAUUCAUCCAUGCGGAUGAAUGUUUGCGUUGUAUUUCGUACGCGGAAAAAGACAAUCGCGAAGCGGCGUCGUCGGAGCCUUCUUAGGUUGCUGAUAUUCGGAUUCGCGUUUCCCGACAGAUUCAAGUUCUUCAGUCUGAAGUUUUUGCGCGUUCGCGCAAUACCUUUCCCCGACAGGUCUACUCCCGAAUUAAUAUAAUUAAACAUUGACGUAGAAAGUUUUUGAUGUCUUCGAUUAACAUUAAAGGUUUGUACACACAUACGCGCACAAGUGACAUAUUCACGGUUAUACAAAGACACAAUUGAACGUUAAAUGUAAAAGAAUAAAAUUAAGAUACGUGUUGUCAAGUAAUCCAGUGGUUAAAGACAAGUAGCUACGAAGAUUUAUUCUGAAGUACAUAAUUGCAUUUCAUACAUUAAAUUUAUUGAUUGUGUGGCAUUAAUCGUUUUUCGUACUUAUAUCCGUUGAUGAACACG